AUGGCGGAUAGAAGAAGAAGGGAUAAGGGCAAAGUAGAGGUGAUUCCGCAAUGGGGAGCAACUCGAAGAAGAAGCAAGAGCAAAGCCGCUCGUCCAUUGAUCAUAAUAAGCUCCUCUGAUUCCGACAAAGAGAAAGAACCGAUUGUAAUAAGUUCCUCCGAUUCCGACGAGAAUGAAAGGCCCACUCCUUCAGCUCAGCCUUCAGCAGCCAAAAAGAAAGUGAAGGAGGAGGAAUUUGAACUUCCACCAGGCGCUAAAUUGAUUGCAGAUUGUGAGGCAGCAGAUAUUCUGCAAGGGAUUGAAGCACGUUUAGAGUCGUCUCUAAAGAAUAUGCACAUCUCAAUACCCAAAUCUUUUCCAAAAUCGCUACAGUACUCCAAAGAUAAUGCUGUGCAUUACACAGAUACAAAGUCUGUUAAACGUGCCUUAGAAAGGCUGAAGGAGUAUGGAGCGACAGAUUGGGAGAUCUGCAUGAUAGCGAAUUCUUGUCCGGAGAGCUGUGAGGAGGCUUAUGCGCUAAUACCAUCUCUGAAGGGUAAAGAAGAUACGAUUGGAGAGACUCUCAAUGCUGUUCUGACCACUCUUGCAAGAUUCAAGGUUGAUGAUGAUUAG